CAACGUACUAGUUAUUGUUGGCAACGUCAAUGGCGAGGUCUCACAGCUCUCAGAAAGUUGAUAUUUACAAACAGUGAAUUAAUCCACACCAACAAUGGAUAUUGUUUAUGUGUAUGUUAAGAAACGAGCCGAAUUUGGACGACAAUGUAAUUUCACAGAUCGUGCUGCAGAACUUCAUGUGGACAUAGCACCUGAUCCAGGAAAAAUACUUGAUUUCAUUGAACGGGAUCCUGUUCACAGGGGUGUACAAUGUGUCCCUGAAAUGUCCGAGCACACCACAAACACUGAAAGCUAUGAAUAUGAAGUACAUGGGAUUAAUCACAAAGAAGGUGGAUGGCCAAAAGAUGUCAAUUGUCAGGAAGUUGAGCAGGUGAUGCGGUAUAGAAAGAAGGUAGAAAAGGAUGAAGGCUACAUCACGGCAAUCACUUCUAUGGGAAGCGUUAUGGAACACUGUAUCAAACAGAACAAUGCUAUUGACAUUUAUGAAGAAUAUUUUAAAGACAUUGAUUUCCAUGACACUGAUGAAGCACCAUCUGCCAAAACAGUCAAUCUUUUCAGAGAUCCAAAUGACCGCCAACGUACAGCAUCCUAUAUUACCUGGUAUCCAGAGAAGCCAUCCCGGCUGGCUGUGUCAUAUUGCAAUCUAGACUUUGAUACGCCUGAGAUAAAGUCUUCAAUGUACUCAUAUAUCUGGAGUAUUGAAAAUACCAACAAGCCUGAGAUGUCACUACACCCGCCUUCAUCAUUGGUGUGCAUUGAAUAUAACCCAAAGGACUGUCAUAUCAUAUUGGGUGGUUGUUUUAAUGGACAACUUGGAUACUGGGAUACACGGAAGGGACCCACUCCUGUUGAGAUGACCCCUGUACCUAUGAGUCACCGCGAGCCAGUUCACAAAGCUAUUUGGAUCCAGUCAAAAACUGGCAAUGAGUUCUUUUCAGCUUCAUCAGAUGGCAAAAUUCUAUGGUGGGACAACAGGAAAAUGUCAGAACCCACUGAAACACUGCUGCUGGAUCCAACCAAGAAACAAGAUCCCACAAUGGUCCAGGGUGCUAUGAGUUUAGAAUAUGAACCAACUAUUCCUACUAAAUUUAUGGUUGGCACCGAACAUGGAACUAUUAUUUUGUGCAACAGGAAAGCCAAAUCAGAUGCUGAAAAACUUGUCACUAUCUACAAGGCGCAUUCAGGUCCAGUUUAUGCUGUUCAACGAAACCCUUUUUUCACCAAAAACUUCCUCACUGUUGGUGAUUGGCAGGCACAGAUUUGGUCUGAAGACAGCAAAGAUUCUUUCAUCAUGAGAACCAAGCAACAUUCCUGUUAUUUGAGUGAUGGUUCCUGGAGUCCAGUCCGACCAGCUGUAUUCUUCACCACAAAAGUGGAUGGGACACUUGACGUCUGGGAUUAUCUUUAUAAACAAAAUGAGCCAUCUUUAACUAUUCAGGUGUGUGAUGAACCGAUACAUUGCCUUAAGGUUCAAGAACACGGACAUCUGGUGGCUUGUGGUUCCAGUUAUGGUACAACUACACUAUUGGAACUAUCAAACAGAUUUUACACAAUGCAGAAGAAUGAGAAGAACAUCAUUACUGAAAUUUUUGAACGAGAAACAAAACGAGAGAAGGUUCUGGAAUCACGGCUCAGGGAACAGAAACUCAGAGUGAAACUGACCAAGAUGUCAAUACAUCAACCACCUCCCGAUGAAGAGCAGAAACCUCCAAGUGCUAAAAAGGUGAAGGAAGCCACUACAGAAUUCUGGGAUAAUGUUAACAAAGACAAGAAACCAACAGAUUCCGACAAAAAGGAUCCAUCCACAGUGGGAGAUGACAAGGAAAAAGCAGCACCUCAAAAUGAAGCAGGAGCUGAAAAGGAAGCUGACCAGUAACAGUAGUUAAGUGAAACUGACAUGGAUGCUGAAGACACUUCAGAUGAGCAGUAAAUGUCCGGAUUGAUGAACAAACCAUAGAACUGCCAUUUUGCAUUCUUCGCACCAAAAGCUGUUUGCUGAUCAACAUUAUAUUGUUUUGUUUGCUUUGUUUAUUUUUAUAUACUGGAAAAUUCUUUAAGCCAUCAAGAAAUGUUUCUUUUUUUUUAUGAUGGAGACUUGUUUUAACCUUUACGAAUACUGUGUACAUUGCUUGACAGGAUGAAAAUUCUA